AUGCGAAUACAAUCAAGUGGAGCCUUGCUACUCUCGGCACUAUUGCCACUCGCAUCCGGCUACAUUUUCGACUGCGCCGACGUUAAGACGAAGGAGCAUACAUACGAUCUCAGUGGACUGCGCGGGACUCACGAGAUUGUGCACUCAUCCGGAAACGAGACAGCAGGUCAAGUGACCAAUACGACCUACGUGCUUAACAUCUGCAAUAACCUCAAGGGCGCGGCGAAUCGUCCGGAGGGUAAAUGCGGGACGACCAAGAACAUCUGCGGAUUCAUCAAAACAUCCACUGAAGAUGGCGGCGGUUCCCACUGGGCCUACUCCCUCGCUGGUCUCGAGCACCUAGGCGAAGGCGGAAAGGAUCCGGAAGUCACGCAACUAAAGGAAAUCGACGAGGCGCAGGAAGGCGUGCGCAUCAAGAUGUCCGGUGGUGAAUACAAGGAGGAGGCAGACGCAAAGAAGAAGCCUGCGGCAGCUGUGAUUGAUUUCCAGUGCGACCCCGACCGAUCCGGAUUAGAGGGAUUGGCGAAUACGGAAGAUGUGGAGAAACGACGACGGGACGAGGUGUCAAAGGACCCAAGUCUACAGUUCAAGAGCUUCGGACCGAAUGACGAUAACGUUUAUAUACUGAAACUGAACUGGCGGACAAGAUAUGCAUGUGACAAUUACGACGGCGGGAACUCUGGCUCUGGAGAUAGUUCGAAGCACUGGGGUUUCUUUACCUGGUUGAUUAUCAUUCUCUUCCUUGCCGUCGCAGCCUACCUCAUCUUCGGCUCAUGGCUCAACUACAACCGCCACGGCGCUCGUGGUUGGGAUCUUCUUCCCCACGGCGAUAAUCUGCGUGAUAUCCCGUAUAUUUUCCAGGACUGGGUUCGCCGCGUGCUGGGCACGCUACAAGGGGGCGGAACGAGGGGCGGAUACAGCGCUGUGUGA